CUGUAAGAAUUAAGUUGGUAUUGAUAAGAGCGCGUGUUGGGUGUUAGAGGUAGUCGAGUGUUGACAGUCGCGGUGAGCGGAGUGUGCGCGGCCGCAAUGACACGAUGGUCUAUACAAUCACUCAAAAAGAGGUCCGCAGUCAAAAGAAGAUUGUAUGGAAACAGUAUUUAAUAUCUGUUUUAGCAAGUAUUCCGUUCAUAACACAUGGAGUAGAGAACGACUUGUUGAGUGCCACUGCGCACCUCGCACCGGUAAUAGCGGCGGUAGGGGUGCCGUGGACCGCCGUCACCUUCCUCAUUGCCGCGCUGGUCUCCGCGCCUAUACAUGGCAUCGUCAUCGACCGGCAUGGCAGGAGACUCGGCAUUUAUAUGUUAGUGCUGUUGCAAGGGAUGACAAGCGUCCCACUGCUGUUCUCGACGUCAGAGGCAAGUGUGUUAGCGCACGCGGCAGUGGCCGGCGCUGCCAGUGGCGGACUGUUCAUCAUCAUCCCGGUGUACGUGCGGGAGGUCAGCAGCGAUGCAUUGCGGGGCGUCACGCUAGCACUCCUCGUGCCAAUGACGUCACUGGGCAACACCAUGAAGCUACUCCUCACCUUCGACCAGAUGCUGUUUCUGGUGCUCGGCCUGGUAGCACUCGAACUGCUGGUCGUCUUCCUCAUCCCAGAGAGUCCGGCGUACUUGGUUAAGGCUGAAAAAGUUGAGGAUGCUAAAGUGGCUGCUGCAAAGUUAAUUUGUACAAACAGCGAGGACCCUCUCGUUGUUGAUGACAUUAGGAAGUUAAAGGAGGAGAGUGAAAGGGCUAAGGCAAAUGGAAAACUAACAAUAUUCCGGAUACUAAAGAAUAAUAUAUACAGGGACGAAAUAAAGAUAGGAUUAGUGUUGAACACGACGACGGUGCUGAGCGGCAGCGCCAUCUUCCUGCAGCCGGAUAAGACGCUGAUGGGCUUGGGCGAGGAUCGGGAGCAGAUCGAGCUCGGGUUCAACGCUAGCUCAGGCCUGCUCUGCCUCGACCCACUCGCUGACACCGAUCCCUGCCGGCGCGACGCUGGUGCGCCGGUGGUGCUGCGCGGCGUGCUGUGGGGCGUGGUGUCGUCGUGGCGCGCGGCGGGGUGCGGCGCGGGCGGCGACGGUGGCGCCAGCUUCGUCAACUUGGUGGCCGCGCCCGACAUCAGCGCCUGGCUCGACGCCGUAACGCGCGACUUCCACUGGAAACUCAGAGAGAUCAACUUCGACGACGACAAUUUCAUAUGA